AUGGGCUUGCCCCACGUAUUGCAUGUUAUCAUCACCGCAAAGUUUGGAGAAUAUUUGGUUCUGAAAUAUAUUCUAAUAAAAGAAAAGGGUUCAGAAUUCCUGUGA